AUGAAAAGUUGUUAUCAAAAUCUUUUUAUUAUAUUGACUUAUCCUUCAUCAUAUGGAAAUGAACAACGAGCUUUUCUUCGUUGUCAUUUAUCUCCGAUUUCAUGCAAACGUGAUUUGUCGGAUUUUGAAGAAAAUCAAAAUCCAUUGUCAAUUAUUAAUAAAAAUUAUUUUCAAGCGUGUAUGAGUUACAAUAAUCCUCUUUGGUUUUGUCUUCAUGAUCUAUCACAAUAUACAUUUGAAGAUAAAAAUCCAAAUAAUUAA